AUGGCCGUCACCGAGACAGUGGCUGUGUCUAUCAGCUUCGUGCUCGCGGUGCUGGCCCUCCACCCAGAGUGGCAGGAGGCAGCCCACGAAGAGCUGAGGCACGUCUUCGGCGAGGGGGAUGACUACUUGCGGGCUGUCAGCCUUGCAGACCUACACAGUCUUAGGGUGCUGGAGAACAUCAUCAAGACGCUGCGCUUAUACCCGACAGUCCCCGUGAUCUCCCGGGUGGCCUCGGAGGACCUUCAGCUGCCCAGGGGACAGGUGCUGGUCCCUAAGGGCACCGUGGUGCUGUUGGUACCUGGCAUCACGCAACGCGUGCCACAGUUUCACCCAGACCCUCUGAGGUUCGACCCUUCGCGGUUCUCGGACGGCCGCACAGGGAAGGAGCAUGCGUGCAGCUACCUGCCGUUCGGGGUGGGCGCACGCAGAUGCGUGGGCACCCAGUACGCCCGUCUGCAGCUCAAGGUCUUCCUGGCAGAAAUCCUGAGGCGCUUCCGCUUCCUGGCGCACAGCCGCUGGAAGGACCUGGAGGAUGCCUUAGUCGCCACCAGCCUACACACCAUCGAGCCGGUAAGAGUCUCCUGUGUGCCUCUGCAUCCAUCCAGUACAUGA